AUGGUUAACGUUAGACUAGGUGAUAUCGCCCCCAACUUCCAAACUGAUACUUCAAAAGGAAAGAUCGAUUUCCACGAAUGGUUAGGUGGUUCAUGGGCCAUCCUCUUUUCUCAUCCUGAUGAUUAUACUCCCGUUUGUACAACUGAGCUUUCAGCUGUUGCGCUCUCCUACGCCGAUUUCCAAUCUCGAGGCGUAAAGCUCAUCGGUCUCUCAGCUAACAACGCUGAUUCCCACCAAGGAUGGAUCAAAGAUAUCGAUGCUUUAUCCCCUAAUGGACCCAGUGUUGAUUUCCCAAUUAUCGCCGAUGAAGAUCGAACAGUCGCUGAAUUAUACGGUAUGCUUGAUCAUCUCGAUGCUUCAAACGUAGAUAAGAAAGGUAUUCCAUUCACUGUCCGAACUGUCUUCAUCAUCGACCCAGAGAAGAAAGUCAGACUCACACUCGCCUACCCCGCAUCAACAGGAAGAAACUUUCCUGAAAUCCUUCGAGUAAUCGAUUCAUUACAAUUAGGUGAUAAAUACAAGAUCACCACUCCUGCAAACUGGAAAAAAGGUGAUGACGUUAUCGUUCAUCCCUCUGUUCAAGGUGAAAAAGUCAAAGAGCUAUUCGGUGAUGAUGUCAAGACUGUCUAUCCUUAUCUCAGAUUCACCUCUGACCCUUCCAAGAAACAGACUGCUUGA